CCGUCAUCAGGAGUUGUCCCGGAUGCUGCUGACAACGGACAGCUCAGCUGUACGCUACAUGUAUGCAUUGAUGCGGCUGGGGUUUAGUGUUGUCCAUCUCUUGAUCCAUUGCAUCGUCGGGUAGUGUACAAGCAUGAUCCCACGACACAUACAAGACUACGACACGGCCGAGAGCCUCGAGCCGCACUGGGGCUACGUCGAGCGCGUGAAGCCGUGCACGAACGACCCGGGGUCUUGCGCAUACCUUGAUCUGGUAUACGCGUCUCAUGACCGCGGCAUUCUCUACGCCGGGAUCAUGUACGCCGCGCUGGGCGGCAUCGUGCUUCUGUGGGCGGCGUGGGCGUCCUUCGGCUUCGGCCUGGGACGAAGCCGGAGCGCACUCCCACGCUUCCAGGCCGCCGUGGGAACACUGGUGCGGCGGUACACGCUGCGUGACGCGCCUUUGACCUGGCUCUUCGGACACACGACGCGCCUCCAGCUGCUCCUCCUCGCAGCGCUCACCGCCUACCUCGCCGUCUUCUCCUUCGUGGGCAUGACGUACCAGAAAUGGAUCACGCCAGUCAAAAACAUGCCCGGCGUUUACAACACGCGGAGCACACUUGGGCCGUUCGCAGACCGAGUCGGCAUCUUCGCGUACGCCCUCACGCCCGUGUCCAUCCUGCUCGCGUCGCGCGAGAGCAUCCUCUCCGCUGCGACAGGCAUCCCCUACCACCACUUCAACUUCCUGCACCGCUGGGUCGGGCACAUCAUCAUGCUCCAGAGCGUCGUCCACACCAUCGGCUGGACCGUCGUCGAGGUCAAGCUGUACCAGCCGCAGCCCAAGGUCGCGCGCGAGUGGAUCGUCCAGACGUACAUGGUCUGGGGCUGCGUUGCUUUCAUUCUCCUCUGCCUCCUCUGGGUCCUCUCAACGCCCUGGGCGCGCCGCGCCUUCGGCUACGAAUUCUUCCGCAAGGCCCACUGGGUGCUCGCCAUGAUCUACAUCGGCGCUUGCUGGGCACACUGGUCCCAGCUCAAGUGCUUCAUGAUCCCAGCCCUAGUCCUCUGGGGCCUCGACCGAGGCGUGCGCCUCCUCCGCACCGGCCUCAUCCACUACCGCAUUCUUGGUGGCGGGCAUGGCGCCUUCACGAGCUUUCCGGCACGCGUGUCGCACUUCGGCACGGAUGUCGUCCGCCUUGACGUCGACGUGCCCGAGGACCUGACACACGCCAUCGGCCAACACUUCUACCUAACUUUCCCGGCGGGCAGCAUCUGGCAGUCUCACCCGUUCACGCCUCUUUCGCUUCCCGGCGAGAGCCACGCCUACCUGAUCCGCGCCAAACGCGGCGAGACGGCCAAGCUGACGGCUUUCGCCGGCGAGUCGACCCCCGUCAUCCUCACCGGGCCUUAUGGUGGCGAUAUCACACGCGCGCUCGCGCCGACCACCAACGUCCUCUGCAUCGCCGGCGGGACGGGAAUCACCUUUGUCCUCCCCAUUUUGCUUCUCCUCGCGCAGCACCCGCCCGCCGCCCAUAUUCAGCUCGUGUGGUCCGUCCGUGCCGCGCGCGACGUGGAGUGGAUCGCCCCCGAGCUUGCGCGCCUCCGCGCCUCGCACAUCUCGGUUAUUGUUCACCACACGCGCGACGACGCGUCUGCCGAGGCCGCGCUCGAGACGCCCGGCGAAGAUGAAAAGCCUAUCGCGGUGAUUUCCGGCCGUCCGGACACGGGUGCCGCGGUCCGCGACUUCCUCAAGCGCGUCGCAGGCCCGUCCAAGGUUUUCGUUAGCGGCCCGGCUAGCAUGGUGACUGACGUGCGGGACACUGUCGCGCGUUGCAAUGAGGCAUCGAAGGUGUGGCGGGGGGAGGACGAGGCCGACGUCGACCUCGUGUUUGACGAGCGUCUCGAGUAGAAAGAGAGUGGGCUAGAGAGCCUGUUGUAUCAGUUACCAUCUGGACUACCAACCCAUGUAUAGUCUGCCGAGCUGACUUUGCUCGCGCGGUCGAGUGAUCAGUCGCUGAACACCCACACCUUCGCGCACACAUCGCAGCACUUCUGAACACUCUGCAUCUCAUAUUCC